GUCACCAAAGCCCAAGUAACCCCGUUGCUACGUUUCGUCGGAUGGCCAACUGCUGCGCUCCUGCUUCUUCUGCGCUUCUGCUCAAAUAGCCCACCGUCUCCACGCCGUCAGACCCCCCUUCUCCCAUCAUCAUCUUCUUCUCCUCCAUACCCACCACCACUGCUUAGAACUUCACUGCCAGCAUGUUUAACCAGGCCAUCAUUGUUUCUCUGUUCGUCGCCCUCGGCGCCUUGGCUCAGGGCAACCUCACCGUCGACAGCCCGCCCUCGGUGACCCAGUGCCAGCCCACCCGCUUCACAUGGCAUGGCGGAGCUCCUCCGUACUUCGUCCGCAUCAUCCCCGACGGCACCAUCAGCAGCACCCUCGAGACCCUCCUCCAGGACACCACCGAGACGUCGUUGACCUGGAUCGCUGACCAGCCGGCGGACACCGUCAUCAACCUCGCCGUCAAGGACUCCACCGGCCUCGAGAACUACUCGUCCAAGCUCACCGUUCAGAAGGGCAGCACCACCGACUGCAAGAACAACAGCACGGCUCCUGCUACUGGUGGUACCGGUGGUGCUAGUGGCAACGGCCAGUCUGGACAGCCUGGCCAGCCUGGCGGCCAGCCCUCGGGCACUGCCGGCGGCACUGGCGGUGCCGGUGGCGCGGGUGGUGCUGGUGGUGGUGCCUCCUCGACUGGCAGCGGCGCUGCCGGCGCUUCGGGCUCUGGCACCGCGGCCGCUGGCGCGUCUUCUGGUGGCGCGUCUGGCGGCUCGUCGGGCUCGGCUACCUCCGCCCCCGCUGGUGGCUCGAGCGGAGCUGCCGCGUCGCCUUCGGCCUCGCACCCCAGCAGCGCGAUGGCUGGCGUGGCCGCCCCCGGCCUCGCUGUCGCCGCGCUUGCCGUCGCCGCUGCGCUUGCCCUCUAA